AUGAGACUGGUCUUCCAUGUGUACUGGUCUCUAUGGCAUCUCAUUCUGACUUACGUCGUGCCAGCAUCUCAUUCAGACCAGGUGGUCAGCCGGCCGAGAGGUUUGAGCCUUGUUGGAGCUACACAGACUGGAGAUGUGCUAAUCGGAGCAAUACUCCCCAUCCAUCUUGACAAAGAGUACCCAGAUGUGGAUUUCACGAGCAGCCCACCACAAGGAGCUUGUAAGAUGUUCAGCUUUGAAGUAUUCCAGCAGUUCCAAGCCUUGAGGUUUGCCGUGGAAGAGAUAAAUAAAAACUUGGACCUACUGCCCAACAUCUCCCUGGGAUUCCAGGUGUAUGACUCUUGUUCAGGACUACAUGAGGAGAUUGAUGGGACCCACAAGCUGUUGACAGGAUGGGAAAGUGGGAUCCCCAACUAUUCCUGCCGGGAGGGGUCAUCAGUGGCUGCCGUCAUUGGGCAUUCUAUCUCCUCUUUCUCCUUACUGAUGGCCCAUGUCCUUGGUCUCUACAGAUAUCCACAGAUCAGUCAUUUUUCAACCAGCUCCGUCCUGAGUGACCGGGCACAGUUUCCUUCAUUCUACAGGACGGUGCCCAGUGAUGUCUUCCAAUCUAAGGGACUGGCUCAGCUAGUGCUGCAUUUUGGUUGGACUUGGGUUGGAUUGGUGGCUGUGAGUGAAGACUAUGGCCAACAGGGAAUCCAGGUCAUUCGUCAAGAGCUCAUUAGAGCUGGUGCAUGUGAGGCAUUUGUGGAAUACUUAUUGACCGAUCGUCUAGAUAAAAACGCCCCUCACGUCACCAAAGUCAUUCAGGAAUCAACAGCCAAGGUUGUCCUAAUCUUCUCCACUGACACUGAAAUGGUCCCUCUUCUAAAUGAGAUGUUGGCGCAGAACAUUACUGGAAAGAUCUUCAUGGCCAGUGAAGCCUGGUCCACCUCCAAUUUGUUAUCUAUUAGAAAAUACUCUUCAUUGCUCUCUGGCUCUGUUGGAUUUUCCUUUCACAGCUCUGUCAUACACAAUUUUAAAUAUUUCCUUAACAGAAUUCAGCCUUUUUCAGGUCCAGGAAAAGACUGGGCUAAAAUAUUAUGGGAGAGCAUAUUUGGAUGUCAAAUAUCUGAUCGUGAAAUGGCUGAAGAAUCUCUGAGCAAUUUUACCAAAGCAUGCACAGGAGAGGAGGAUCUAGAGAGCACGCAAAACAGUUACAAUGAUGUGACCAGUUUAAGAGGCGCUCACAACAUUUAUACAGCAAUUUAUGUCAUAGCCAAAGCCUUACAUGACUUACACAUGUGCAAAGAUGGCAAAGGACCUUUCUCUAAAGGGAGCUGUUCUACUCUACGAAUGUUGAAGCCAUGGCAGCUCUCUCGCUAUAUUCAGAAAGUCCAUGUCAGGCUGAGCAGUGGUAGAGAAAUGGUCUUCGAUGAGAAUGGUGAUCCGCCUGCAACCUACGACAUUGUCAACUGGAAGAUAAAUGACAAUGGUGUUAUGGGGCAAGUGAAGGUCGGGAGCUACGACACAACCCAGACCGAAGGAAAAACAUUCAACAUUGACACUAGUGCCGUGAUGUGGGCAUCCGGGGAUAGACAAGUCCCUUAUUCUGUGUGUAGCAGCAGCUGUCCUCCAGGUUUUAGACAAUUGCUGAGAAGAGGACAACCCGUGUGUUGCUUCGAGUGUGUUUCCUGCCCACAAGUAGAGAUCUCCAACACAACAGACCCUCCUGACUGCAUCAAGUGUCCAUGGGACCAGUGGCCCAAUCUCCAAAAGGACAAGUGUCUAGCCAAAGACAUAGAAUUCCUUUCUUAUGAGGAACCAUUGGGAGUUGUUCUGGCUGCCAGCAGUGUUUUCUCCUCCAGCAUUCCACCUUGUACCUUAGGACUUUUCAUUCAUUACAGAAACACUCCCCUAGUACGAGCCAAUAAUUUUUCUAUGAGUUGCCUUCUUCUCGUGUCUCUUUUCCUUUGCUUCCUUUCUUCUUUAGGUUUCAUUGGAUACCCCCAGCCUGAGAAAUGUCUUCUACGGCAGACUGCUUUUGGAAUGUCCUUUGCCUUCUGUGUCUCUUGUAUCCUGGCAAAGAAUGUCAUGGUGGUUUUUGCCUUCAUGGCAACAAAACCAGGCAGUCAGCUCAAGAAACUAAGCAGUCCAAAAGUGUCCUACAUGAUCAUUACCAUGUGUAUGUUAUUUCCGUUUGUCUUAUGUGUCCUCUGGAUGAUUUUUGCCCCCCCAUUCCCUGAGAAAAAUGUUCAGACUCGACCUGGGAUUAUUAUCAUUGAAUGUAACGAGGGUUCCCCUACAGCUUUUUGGUGCAUGCUGGGUUACCUUGGCCUUCUGGCCACUGUAAGUUUUGUAGUUGCCUUCUUGGCCAGGAGGCUCCCUGACAGCUUUAAUGAGGCCAAGUUCAUCACAUUCAGCAUGUUGGCCUUCCUCAGUGUCUGGAUAUCCUUCAUCCCGGCCUACCUGAGUGCCAGUGGAAAGUAUGCCGUUGCCAUGGAGAUCUUCGCCAUCCAAUCAUCCAGCUGGGCUUUGGAGAUCUGCAUGUUUUUCCCUAAAAGCUUCAUAGUGUUAUUUCGACCAAGCAUGAACUCUAGAGACUAUCUAAUGGGAAAAAACAAAGGCUAA